CGACCUAUAUGUUCAUGCGCUGCUAUUUCCACGGCUCUGCUACUAGUCACCAUGCCUCGCAUGGCGCCCACCGUAUCGAUGCUGGCUAGGCAGACCAUGAGAACUGCCUUUGAGGACUUAGAGCGUACGAUAUCCCCAGUUGAUUUGAAACAAAUGCGCUCUAUGUCUGCUAUAGAACAAGUGCGCGAGUCAGCGUUGGAGAUCGAGAAACAGCUGGCGGCAAGACAAACUCUACGAAACAUGCGUCGGCUUGCACCGUUGUUUCGAGGCCUGGAACAUUAUUCAAAAGCUAUCGAGAUCUUGUGCAAUGGAACUCCAUUUCUGUCAUGGAUAUGGAGUCCAAUCACGUUGAUCCUCAAAGUCGCUUCUGAUCACAUUGGGGCUUUCGAACAUAUUAUCAAAGGCUACUCGAGAAUUAGCGAGGCCCUUGGCCGUUUUGAGAUUCUCGGAGAGGCUUUUCGUCAUGACACGACGUUCCAAUAUACUCUCGCUGUCUACUAUUCGGACAUCCUUGAGUUUCACAAACACGCUUACAGAUUUGUAAGGCGUAGUGGAUGGCAUCUACUUUUUCACACUUCGUGGGGCCGCUUUCAACGGCGUUUUGAUGGCAUCCUUGAGGAUCUUGACCGCCAUGCGGAUCUUAUUGAUCGAGAAGCCAAUGCGCGAAAUAUCUCAGUCGCGCAAAGGAAGAGGGAUGAGAGUUAUGAAAAGCUGGAACAAGAAGAGAGACUUCUCGGAUUACAGCAAUAUCAAUCAGUCGUUGCAUGGCUGAAACUCGACGAAAAUGAACAAACUAAGAUACUGGAAUCGAUACACGAAGAGGGGUUAGAGUUUUCUGGCACCUGCUCUUGGGCUUCUGGAAAUGGAAGGAUAGCCGCGUGGUUGAAAAACACACCUAACGACAGACAGCUAUGGUUGCAAGGCAAUGCAGGCACUGGCAAAAGCGUCUUGUCAAGCGAGCUUAUCAAAUUCCUCCGAGCCUCGAAAUCGACAGUGUUCUACCACUUUUGUCGGUAUACGUACGCGGAAUCGACCAAAUACGACAACAUAUUGAAGUCGCUGAUCCAGCAACUGUUGCUCUCCUGUGGCGAACUGACAGCUUAUGCGUAUCAGGAAUAUGUCGUUGGUAAAAAGACGACGACUACGGCUAACCUGGAAGGACUGCUCAGGACUUCGCUGACAACUCUCUCCGAAGCCAGUAAAUUGCAAAUUGUAUGGAUAGUGAUUGAUGGUAUAGACGAUUGCGAGACUGAAAAACAGACGCGGUUGAUAUCUUUACUUUACGGACUGACCUCGCAAAGCGCGUCGGAAAACUCUACCGUUUGCAAGAUUUUGUUUACCAGCCGUACACACCCCACCAAGACCAAGCGACUAUCCAAAAAGCACGUUGUUUCUUUGGGUGACGAGAUACAACACAUUUCGAAAGCGAUUAAUUUAUACACAUCAGUGCGGCUCCGCUCAUUGCACGGGAGACUCCGAGAGCUUGAGAUGAGCGCAGAAGAUGUUGAGCGCAUCGGCGAAUUGGUCACCGCAAAAGCCGCUGGGAUGUUUCUCUACGCAAGACUUGUGGUGGACUACCUCAGCACCAAUGUGUUUUUCAGCGCUGAGGAGUUGAAGCAAUCGAUCAACAGACUGCCUGCUACGGUAGAAGAAUUUUACCAAAAUAUCCUUGCCCACAUGCUGGCCCGUCUGGACUCACGAUCUACAGGUAGAGUUAGGUGUUUACUAGGGUGGAUCGCGUUUGCAAGACGACCAUUGAAGAGACUUGAGCUUCUUUCAGCCCUGGCAUUUUCUUCUGGCUCUGCGGAUACUUCCAGCACGGCCCCGGGAUACAUCUUAGAUCUGUGCAGUCCGUUUAUUGAAGAGAAGCAUGACACUACUUUUGCAUUUAUACAUGGGUCUGUAAAAGAGUUCCUGCAAACGCCUUCUAGUUCGCUGGUUAUCGACGAGCGAACUGCUCUCCAGGAGCAUGGCUUGGCGACAGUGGCCUGCCUUCUUUCAGCAGCCAAAGUUUUUCGCGAGGAUUUCGACAAGCCUACAAGACUGCUUCGUCUUGUAAAAGGUGUUCAUGGAUUACAUGUUUAUGCGACUGAGCAUUGGGCUGACUACUUGUUGACCGAAGCGGCAGCAGUCAACGGUCUUGCAUGGUCAUCGUCUUUGCUGGAUGUUUCGUGUAGCCUUGCUGCACAGCUCUCACAGAUAUGUGAGCCUGUUGCUCAUACUAGCGUCUUGCCCGAUGAUCGGUUGAAAUUGUUUGAUUCGCAAUCGAAUUUACAAAUGCAUAUGUCCAAUGCGCUACUAGCGCGAUCUCAAAAGUCUUUAGAAGCGCAUAUCCUCUUAGUGACUGACCGAGAAAGCUGUCUCUCGACCGAUGACAAACUGAAGGACGGCAUCUCCCUCAUCCUCGACGAGUAUCAGAAAGCUGUUGAAAUCUUAAUGGACCGGGAGUCUUGUCCCGGAGCUUCAAUUGAGGAGCUGAGAUCUUUCAAGAGCCAAUUUCGAUCAUCGGCUUACACCUGCCGGUUGCGCGCUUGUCCACGGGCUACAUUAGGCUUUGACACAGAACAAUUGCGUCGCGAACACGAAACUGGACAUGUUGGUGGUCACAGAUGUCCUGUAGCAGGUUGCCAGUAUCCUCCAUUUAGAACCGCCCAAACUUUGCGCGUUCACCAUGGGAAACAUCAUGCUGCUCCUGUGUUGAGAAAACCGAUACGCCGAGUCGGAAGAUUGGCAAAGAAUACUCGCCAGAAAUCCUCAUCAACUAUCCAGCAUGCAGACAUACCCGGGGAUCCACCAUUAUUACUCACUGGGAAUGAAGUCCGACCUCAAACAUCCCAAGAUCCCGAUCCGCAGAAGCAGGGCGUUGCAGCGCCAACGAAGAAAUCUGACCAACUACGGACGGAAACUAUUCUUGAGGGAAGCCUUGAUAAUAAUGUUUUCGAUGCCUCUCUUACAGCGGGAAAUGGACGUUCUACAAAUGCUCCGCGUUCUCCCUUGGCCAGACUAAAGCUUACAAAUUCUCCAGCGGAGGACGAUGUGAGCUUUGCCCAAUCAGCCGCUUCCCCUCCACGUCUGGACUCUUCAGGUCUUGGUGAGCCUAUAUCGACCGAAGUGGAUGAAUCGUCAACCGUCAAAUGCAUUUGCGGCUUUGCUGAUGACGAUGGACACACUGUCCUUUGUGAGAAGUGUGAUACGUGGCAGCAUGUGAUUUGCUACUAUCCCAGUUUAAAUGUACCAGAUGUGCAUGACUGCACAGAGUGUCUGCCAAGAGAUAUUGAUGUUGAGCGUGCCAUCAAGUGGCAGAGAGAGCAACAUGAAGGGCUUACAGCUGAUGAGCUCGAGGAGAAGCCAGCAACAAACACCGGUGAUCAGCAAAAGAAAACAAUAUCCAAUCACCAAGAUAGUGCCUCCAAGGCCACCCCUGAGGGGAAAAACUCUGUUGCCUUUCGCGAAAAAGCCGCUAUGUAUUUGCGCCACCGGUUGCAGAAGGGUUUCUUGACUCCCGAUCAAGCCCCUAAAAAGAGCGACAUGUCCAGUAUGGCAGAUCUGUUUACGAAACUGGAAGAGCUCGGUGACAUUGAGGCAGACAUUCUGAAGAAGACCAAAGUGCACAAGGUCCUCAAAGGAAUCAUCAGACUAGACACAAUUCCACGCGAUGAAAAAUUCCUUUUCAGAGUACGCUCGAGAAAUUUGCUCAAGAAAUAUACCAGCGCACUGGCGAUGGAGACUGAUGAAAAGACGGAAACUCUAGAGGGACAUCACGGCACUGAUUCUCUCACCACUCCGGUUCCGUACCCUGAGAGUUCGCUUGAAGUCUGGAGGAACGAAUCCAGUGUUUUCCUUGACAGAGGAACAAGGAAUUCAUCACUUGCGACUGAAGCGUCAAAUCGAGUUCAACAGCUUCCAUCGAUCGAACCUCCUAACGAUGCAGCCAAAACAGCCAUACAGAAUCAAGGGAACGACAUUACGCAAAUGUACAAUGCAGAAUUAUCUCCCUCAAAUCAACUGACGCCCUCCAAUUCGGCAUCGAAAGAGAACCAGUGGUGCGUAGUAAAAUGCACUUGUAAUCAACACAAUCUUAGCGGAAACGAUCUUAUUUGCCUUCGAUGCAAGACCUGGCAGCAUAAAACUUGCUAUAAGAACAACUUUCCGCUUUAUUACCACAGAACUCAUCUUUGUAGGGAAUGUAGCCCAUCAGAAAUGGCCAAUCUCAUCAUUCGGGAGCAUGUAUCUCAUCAUCCGCGCUCCGCCCCACUAUCCCGUGAAAUCAUCGCAUUCCUCAAUUCUGUUGUUACAGAAUACCCGCAAAGCUAUCCGAGCGUCCUGGAGAUCUUCCAAAUUCUGAAAGAAUCGCAGGCGGAUCGCCAUACUUUCAUGGAGACCAUAAAAGAAUUGGUACCAGGAUCAACACUGCUGAUGAUCAAAUUUCUGAACAUACUCACCAAAAUCAGUACUCUCGGAGAGAUCGCCAUGUAUUCCUUUCAAUGCAUAUACUGUAUGCGAGAAACAGCAGAUCCGCUCUCCUCUUGUAUUAAAAGACCCACUCACCAUGGCGAAAAGCGAUUCCAUGAGAGCUGCCUUAUUUUUCCACCGAAUCUUGUCGUUUACUGUACGGCUUGUACGUUCGAAUCGAUGGCUUCGUCAUUAGAUUCGAGCCUGAAUGACUCGCGUCCGAGUAGUGAUUGGCCUAUAUCUGCUGAUUACGGCAAGUCGAAAUCGGACCCCUCAGACUACAUUGAUGGUGGCGAUGCAAGUUACGAAGCUGAUCCCUCCAUCACUACCUAUGCACCCUAUUCAUACUCGCUUGAAUCCGCCCCUACAGAUGAGGAUGUUCUGGCAAACAAUGUAGCAAUGUAUGCUGAUACUUCACUGGCCCUCACUCCAUUUCUCAACACUCCGAACAAUAUGCAGGAACAAGAAAGAGAACAGUCCGGGUCAUCCCAAAGUGUUACCGGUCUUCCUUCUUUUGCCCAACCGAGUCUUGUGGAUGACGCCAGAAGGCUGGCAGAAAUUCUGGGCAUUGAUUCCCGUAUUACAAUCCCGUCCUUGCGGGUAAUUCAUGGAGAUAUAUGGGCGGGAGGCCCAGCUCAUGACUUGCAUACAUUCCACCGCUUUAUUAUCGAACACACAUUUGUUCCCGUGGGGGAUGAGGGUGUGCACUGGAUUGACGAAAUCGUUCGAAAGAUCCUUCCAGCCGUGGCCUCGUUGAUUCACUAUUGCGAUGCUGCUGGCAAAUUGCAUCCUCGUUAUGGCUUAUCAUAUGCGGAAGAUUGGAUGGCUUCAUAUAGUCCUUACCCACAAGAUCUUGGCCCUAAAAUCGAUGGAAUGGAGGAACUUGGGAGGUCACUGGUCGAACGGUGGAACGCUGCGAACCCAUAUCUUCCAGACACGAUAUCGCAAGCACCUCCGCCGGUUUGGGAAGAUGUAAUUAUGCCACGAAAACUUCCCUAA